AGGGAGAGAGGGGGAGAGAGCGCAGAGCUGUGCGGAGGCUCAGUCUGGGGAGAAGAGCUUAUUUGAGGGCAGCAGCCGCAGCCUGUGCAGAUGCAGACAUGCUUAUGCACUGACAUCAGCUAAGAUAAGGCAAAACCACAGUUAAUUUGAGGACAUCGUUCCUCUCGGUAGGGUGAUUACGCUGUGUUCACCCAUCCACAGCCUAUUUUUACGCAGAAAGAAAGCGAAUCUAUGGCCGUUUCUCUUGGCUUUCUUCGGGGACUAUGAGGAGCGGAGUUCAAGUUUGAGCGACGGGUUGAGACUAAUUUGUACAGGGAGUCUAAAUCCUCUGUGUUGCUGCUCUGUGAAGUGUCAUCUUAUAACCUGACGAAGAGAGGGUGACAUUUUUCCUGCUGGACUGUUGUCGUCUUCCAGAAGGAUGGUGCUGGACAAGGAGGAGAGUGUGUCUCUCGUGCCCCUCCAGUCCAGGGAGAAGCCGAGGGGCUGUGCUGGUUGCAAUGGGAGGAUCCGGGAUCGCUUCAUGCUGCAGGCACUGGACAGGUUCUGGCAUGAGGACUGUCUGAAAUGUGUCUGCUGCGACUGCCGCCUGGGCCAGGUGGGCUCCACCCUCUACACUCGGGCCAACCUCAUCCUGUGCCGCAGGGACUACCUGAGGCUCUUUGGGGUGACAGGGAACUGUGCAGCCUGCAGUAAACUGAUCCCUGCCUUUGAGAUGGUGAUGAGAGCCAGAGACAACGUCUACCAUUUAGACUGCUUCGCCUGUCAGCUCUGUCGCCAGAGAUUUUGCGUGGGAGACAAGUUUUUCCUCAAGAACAACAUGAUCCUGUGCCAGCUGGACUAUGAAGGAGGCCAUCUUAAUGGCAGCACUGAGAGGCAGCCUCAAUAAGAGCAGAUCAGACCAGGAGGACUGCGAGCCAGUCAGACUGUAAAACUCACAGCAGCUUCCUGUGCAAAAAUAACACUGAUGAAACACACUUCCAGAACUCUUUGUUACUGAGGUGUGUGGCAACUGUCCUGCUCAGAUGGACAAGAGUUCAACCAAGAUGGAAGAAUGAAACUAUUGGGAGGAUAUUUUACUGGACACAAAUAGCGUGAACUAGGGUUUGCAAAUAAUUUGUAAUGUCUGUUCCACCAAACCUGAAAUAUUAGAGGGAUGGAGUGAAGCCAAUUGGGCCGCACAUAGCAUCAACCAAAUCAUCCAUCAGAGAAAAAUACUGAGUAGCAGUUGUCAGAUGGGUCUGGCAGUCACUGAACUGUCUUUUGUUGUGAUCCCCACCCAACUGGCAAGAAGGAAGCCCCAAAAUAAACAGGAACAUAUUUGUUUCAGCUCAACAAAGAAGAAGAUCCACGGUUUACCUCUUCACCUUUUGACUCUGAAGACAUGAGUGGGACUUUGAACCCGCUGUAGCUUUGUUUUCACUCUGAUCUCCAGCUGUGUUUUCUUCACUAAUUAAAUUGA